CCCCAUUACCUGUGCUAUAUAUAUAAUGACACUGAAAUUAGCCGGAAGAAAAAUUUUAGGGAAUUUUCCAGUUUGCUCAAUUUUUCUAAGAAAAUCACGAAAUUCACACACAAUGUCCGAUAUUUUCGGUGAUCUAAUGGACAGAGCGCGGGCGGUUGUGCCACGAUUGGAGACAAAUCUCCAUAAGGGACAAGCUGGAAGAAUUGGAAUUAUUGGUGGUUCCGUGGAGUACACGGGAGCCCCAUACUUUGCAGGAAUUAGCGCCCUACGCGUUGGGGCGGAUUUAGUGCACAUUUUCUGUUGCCAAUCAGCAGCAACGGUGAUAAAAUCAUACAGCCCUGAAUUAAUUGUUCACCCAGUUCUUGACUUACCUUGUGCCAUGGAGAAGAUGGAAAAAUGGCUGGACAGGUUGCAUGUGCUGGUAAUUGGUCCGGGUCUAGGACGUGAUCAUAUUGUCCUGGAAAAUGUUGCAGAGCUCAUGAAGCAUAUUCGUCACAGUGGCAUUAAAGUGAUUUUUGAUGCUGACGCCCUGCACCUUCUCACACUCGAUCUCUCCCUUGUGCGUGAUCUCAAUGGGGCUAUUUUAACCCCUAAUGCCGUGGAAUUCCGUAGGUUGUUUGGGGAAACAAAGUCCACAGUUGAUUUGAAGGAGUUCAUUGGGAAAAAUGUCACUGUGCUCGAAAAGGGGCUCAGCGAUAGGAUUUAUGAUGUCACACUAACCAAUCAAGUCUAUCCCUUGCCUCCUGGAGGUUCCGCGAGACGUUGCGGUGGUCAGGGUGAUCUUCUUGCUGGAGCUCUGGCAACAUUCUACUGCUGGGCUCUCAACCACAAACAGGAAAACAAUCCGGCAUUGGUGGCAUGUUUUGCAGCCAGCUUCCUCACAAAACACUGCAAUGAGGAGGCUUUCCGGGAGAAAGGACGUGGAACAUUGUGUGGCGAUAUGAUUGAACAAAUACCCAAAAUUUUCCGCAAAUAUUUUGAGCAUUUCUAAGGAUAUUUUUAAAUGUUUAUAUGAAUGUUUUUUAAAUGUUUUUCAAUGUUAUGAAUUAAAUUGAUGGGAUGUGAAA